CCGACAGUCUACUCACCAUCUCAUCCGUCAAGGAUACCAAGAGCUCAAGGCAAGAAGACAUCUCGAGGCAUCACUCUCUUCCCUCGACUCUCCCCCAGUCGCUACCAAGAUGCAAGGCUUCAACAUGGGCCGCUACCGGCCUCCAGACUCGGACCCUCGAACCCAAUCCUUCAACUCCCACACCGGCACCCACCCCCUCGGCAAGCGCGCCUCGAAGCUCUCCACCGAAGGAACUCUCACCGUCCGCUUCGAGCUCCCUUUUAACAUUUGGUGCGCCCACUGUUCCACUCACAUCGCACAGGGAACGAGGUACAAUGCUCACAAAAAGCGCAUGGGAAGCUAUCUCUCUACGCCUAUCUGGGCUUUCGAGUGCAAGUGUCGUAAUUGUUCGGGGGUAUUCGUGGUGCAGACGGACCCACAGAAUGCGAGGUACGUGGUGACCGAGGGGGCUACGAAGAAGGAGGAGGAGUGGGAUCGCGACGAGGCAGAGGGAGAUAAUCAGAACACUCUAGCAGGGAUGAGAGUGGAGUUGGAAGGAGCAAGGGAGAAGAGGGGGCUCAGGGACGCAGUGCAGGGUCUGGACUCCCUUGAGAAGCCUGGAGGAAGCGCCCCAGACGCCUUUGCCUCCCUGGAGAAGCGCACUACUGCUGGAUCCAAAGAAGCGCAGAGACAGAAGCGUCUCCUCGAGCUGGAAACUCUGGCCAAUUCUCGCUCCGCGGACCCUUAUACACUAAACUCUCGGCUGCGUGGGACUUUUCGUACGGAGAAGAAGUUGCGGCAGGGCAAGGAGCGGCAGGAACGUCGCCUCAAAUUGGAAAUGGGCUGGGCGGAAGAUCGUAAGCUACUCUUGCCUGGUGAAGAACAAGAUGCAGAAGAGGUGGGGAGGGAGCGGGAGGAGUGGAGGGAAGAGAAGCAGAGGCGCGAGAGGGAGAGAGUAGAGGAGGCAGUGGCAAGGGGAGAGAGGAUUCGUGAACCUCGGACGCCAGCGACAGCGAGCACAACAUCAAUUCUAUCAUCAAGAGAACGCUCUGACAAGAGUGGCAAGGCUCGCAGCUCCCUCGCAGUUGACACAAAGAAACGUCUGCGUUCCUCGCCCGCCUCUUCGUCUUCGUCCUCUACACGGCUCAACCCGACGGCCUCAAAGCUGGCGCGAACGCUACUGGGCAGAACGAGGAGGGCGGAGGACCCCUUUGGCAAGUAAGACUAGUGUGGGACACAAAAUGAGAGGCAGGCAUAGACAUCCAUCUGUAAUCAGAGAAUACCCAAACGCCACAUUGUAUUAAUAGACAAAAUUGUAUCGUACUGCAAUGCCCAACUAGACAAGAUGAUCCUCGCCUUGAAUGCGAGCUGCCAAUCCCUUCGGCUUUGAUUGCGAGCUCAUUGCGCUCAGCUGUCUGCUCCGAGGUGAUCAACGCUCAUCAGACUUUCGCCCUCGCUCCCGCUGACACUCCCACCGCACUUCUCUCGAGUGCUCUCUCCCUUUUCCUCCCC